CCCACGACCCUCGUGAGGAUAAGCAAUAGAAAAUGAAUGAAUGAAUAACUCAACCAUGGCAUGUCCCACAACAAAGAGUGACAAAAACCUCUCAUUCCGUGUGGAAGUGGUUACAGUCCAAAUUGUCCAUAGGUAUGAAUGUGAGUGUGAAUGGUUGUUUGUCUAUAUGUAGGUGGGAUAGAAUGAAUAUUAUAAUACAUAUAUAAUGUAUAGAAAUAAAAAAAAGGAAAUAAAAUGAAUUGGCAUUUUUUUUUCAUUUAAACACAAACUAAAUACAUUGCUUGUCAUUAUUUUGUGUCAUAAAACCCGAGACAGCCAUUAAUGAAAGUUUUAAACAGGUAAAGAAUGCUGUGUUCAUGUGUCUACUGACUAAAACGAUGUGGUAACAUGAAACGAUGAUUGCGUUGUGUCUACACUGACACGUAUGGCGGGCCCUUUUUGUACAGAGUCAACAUGUCCGACAGCGCUGUCUUGUACUUGGCUGUGAUAAGGCACAGUGAGACAGGUCUGACUGGUAUAUGACGUGUGUGUGUGUGUGUGUGUGUGUGUGCGUGUGUAUGCGGGGCAAGCUGCCUGAGGCUUGGGUGUGUGUGGUGUGCAUGGGCCUGAAGUGUGUAUUCCAGUCGGGGGCUCAAUGUGGCCUUUCGGGAGGCAUGCGGUUUAAGGUCAGUCAAGUGCCACUGGACUUGGAAGUGCGUCUUCGCUUCUUGAUGUGUCGCCCCCAACUGCCCGUGUCCUUUACCGAGUCCUUUGUGUGCUUUUCUUUCCACAGAUGUAAAGUCACAGGUUUAAUGCUUGAUUAUUAGUGUCAUUAUUAUAAUCGGUUGCUGGGAGGCUUAUUGUCACCGCUGGCACCGCCAUUGUUUUUUCAACAUUGUACGCUCUUUCCUUUUCUGUACUCUCAUAUUUAAACUGCACAGUUGUGGCUUUGUGCUUUAGCAGUGAUUCAACUUUAUUCAAUUUAAGUCAUUUUUUACGUCAUACAUGUUAAUGCCAAUCUUUCUUAAUGUUGCUAAUUAAUCUGGCCCACACAAUUAAGCGAUUCCUUUGUAUAUAGAAAACUCUAUACCAGUGCAAAUGGUAUUGUACAGGGUCAGGGCCGGUUGAUUUUCGUUUUAAUGCAGAUCCAGUAGCUCUGAAGUUGGUAACCCAUAACAGGAUCGUGUUUCGAGCUGGUACGGGAUCAUGUCUACUGAGAUUGAAGUGCAAACGGAACGCUCGUUAUGUUGCAGUUACAGAUUUGUUUGUUUUGAUAAACUUUUCCAACAUGAAAGCACGAUGCUCACCAGUCCAAUUCAUGGCAGCAACUGAAAAAGAAACAAAAAAUAACGGCAUUAUAAAAAAACUAAGCAAAAUGGCAUUUUAUGUACAUUUCGAAAAUAAAAACCCUUUUUUGUUUCUUUACUUUAUUUGCCUUUUAUUUAACCUACAAAUGUGUCAGAUCAUUUUGCAUGACUCUCUCUCAAAGGUCAAAAUAAUUGAACUGAAAGACAAGACUGAAAACUAUUACACCCUGUCUGUACAAAAGACAGCCAAAAGUGAUUAUUUUAACUACAGCAAAGCAUGCUGGGAAAUUCAUAAUCUACCCAUUCCACAGCUGCAAAUUCUUCCUCCGAAAAACAUUGUUUUUCACGAUAAAGAGGUCUAUGCUGAUGACACACAAAACAAUGUGUCAUAAUGUGUCGGGUUGAAGAAAAAUACCAUCAGAUUGCAGCAAAACUAGUCCUGCAAGUUGGUCUGUUGUGGAAUUGGUCUCUUCCUGUAAAGAGCGAUGCACCUUAACCUGCAACGCUUGAACUCUCGUCUUUUAGAAGGUACAUGUUAUGCUCUGUUAUAAGUACAUGUACACAUUCAAAAAGUGUGCAUUUACCAAGUUAAUAAUGUUAACACUGUCACAGAGGUAUCAAUGUAACCAUGUUUUUAUUAUUGUGUUUUAUAUUUUGGUUACGUAAGAGGAAUAAUAAGGGGAAAAAUUAUUAGAAAGGCAGUAUGAUGCAAUGCCAAGUAUAAUCACUGCCCAAUUAAAUUGAGCCCAAUAUUGAGCUCUAUUUUUCAGUUGUCUUGUUUAUUUUCACAAAUAUCUGUCAUUAUUUUGCGUUGUUCGUGUUAUUACAUUGUUAUACUUUAAUAUUUACAAACUUGGAGAAUAAGUUAAUGAGCACAAAUGUAUGCGCCCCAUGAAAUCUGCCUGGCAACAAGUGCAUCUUAUGUGUGUUGUGAUGUGUGCUACUUGUUUAUAAUACGGUGAAAAUAUUCCUUUUAAAGUCAGAGAAUAAGUUCUUGGACUCAGGAAUAUAGUCUGUGGAACUUUAUUGGGUUAUGGGGCACAAAUGUAUGCGCCCCAUAAAAUCUGCCUGGCAACAAGUGCGUCUUGUAUGUUGCGAUGUGUGCUACUUGUUUAUGAUGCUGUGAAAAUAUUCUUUACCAAGUCGGAGAAUAAGCUCUUGGACACAAGAAUAUAGUCGCUGGAACUUUAUUGGGUUAUGGGGCACAAAUGUAUGCGCCCCAUGAAAUCUGCCGGGCAACAAGUGCAUCUUAUGUGUGUUGUGAUGGGUGCUACUUGUUUAUGAUACUGUUAAAAUAUUCUUUACCAAGUCGGAGAAUAAGCUCUUGGACACAAGAAUAUAGUCGCUGGAACUUUAUUGGGUUAUGGGGCACAAAUGUAUGCGCCACAUGAAAUCUGCCUGGCAACAAGUGCAUCUUAUGUGUGUUGUGAUGUGUGCUACUUGUUUAUAAUAAGGUGAAAAUAUUCUUGACAAACUCUGAGAAUAAGUUCUUGGACACAGGAAUAUAGUCUGUGGAACUUUAUUGGGUUAUGGGGCACAAAUGUAUGCGCCCCAUGAAAUCUGCCUGGCAACAAGUGCGUCUUGUGUGUUGCGAUGUGUACUACUUGUUUAUAAUACUGUGAAAAUAUUCCUUAUGAAGUCGGAGAAUAAGUUCUUGGACACAGGAAUAUAGUCUGUGGAACUUUAUUGGGUUAUGGGGCACAAAUGUAUACGCCCCAUGAAAUCUUCCUGGCAACAACUGCGUCUUGUGUGUUGCGAUGGGUGCUACUUGUUUAUAAUACUGUUAAAAUAUUAUUUACCAAGUUGGAGAAUAUGCUCCUGGACACAAGAAUAUAGUCGCUGUAACUUCAUUGGGUUAUGGGGCACAAAUGUAUGCGCCCCAUGAAAUCUGCCUGGCAACAAGUGCAUCUUACGUGUGUUGUGAUGUGUGCUACUUGUUUAUAAUACCGUGAAAAUAUUCCUGACAAACUCUGAAAAUAUGUUCUUGGACACAGGAAUAUAGUCGGUGGAACUUUAUUGGGUUAUGGGGCACAAACAUAUGUGCCCCAUGAAAUCUGCUUAACAACAAAUGCAGCUUAUGUGUGUUGCUACGUUGUGCUACUUGGUUUCUAAUGCUGUGAAUUAAGUCAAAUGUUCUCGUUUCCCUGUUCUGUAGCCUUCCUAAAUGGUUGAUGGUGUCCAUAUUUUCAGCAUCUGCUAUAUAUCCAUCAUGUGCUCUACAAUGCAAUGUUUUCUGCAGUGUACUAAUCUAUAUUUAACCAUCACUGUCAUGGGAACUGUAAGGGCGAAUGGGGGCACUUCCUUGUAGCCUUAGGGUGGGUGUGGUGUUUGAUGGUGCAAGGGGGGCAGGUAUCGCUACCUAAUUCAGUCCAGUUGUGUAGAAAGCCUCGCUUCACACACUCGGCGGUUGAGUGAGUGAGUGAGUGAGUGUGUGUGAGUGUGUGAGUCUCUGUGUGUCAGUGUGCGUUCACAGGCAAACGAAGGACGCACGGGAACACCGCGGGGCUCCAUCGGCCAGAAGGUCCAUGAUGAGAGGCUGCUCCGGCCGAUCCAAACACGCACAGAUCCAGGGCAGAACGGUAUGUAUGACCAACUGCCCUACCCUGAUAGUGACGGUGGGCCUUCCUGCCAGGGGGAAAACUUACAUCUCCAAGAAGUUGACCCGCUAUCUCAACUGGAUUGGGGUUCCCACCAGAGAGUUCAAUGUAGGACAAUACAGGCGAGAAUGUGUGAAGAUCUACAAGUCCUUUGAGUUCUUCCGUCCAGACAAUGAAGAAGGCUUAAAGAUCAGAAGGCAAUGUGCUUCGGCAGCUUUGAACGACGUGCGUCAAUACCUGACAGAAGAAGGAGGCCAAGUUGCGGUUUUUGAUGCAACAAACACGACAAGGGAAAGGAGGGAGACCAUCAUUCAGUUUGCAGAGCAGAAUGGUUUCAAGGUGUUUUUUGUGGAAUCUGUGUGUGAAGACCCAGAUGUCAUCCAGGAGAACAUUGUGCAAGUGAAGCUGGGCAGCCCCGACUACACCAACUGCAACACGGAAGAGGCGGUGGAAGAUUUCAUGAAGAGGAUCAAGUGUUACGAAAACUCCUACCAGACCCUGGAUGAGGUUUUGGACAGGGAUCUCUCCUACAUCAAGAUCAUGGAUGUGGGUCAGCGCUACAUGGUCAACAGGGUGCUGGACCACAUCCAGAGUCGGAUCGUCUACUAUCUCAUGAACAUCCACAUCACACCUCGCUCCAUCUACCUGUGCCGCCAUGGUGAGAGUGAGCUCAAUGUCAAAGGUCGGAUUGGAGGAGACUCUGGUCUCACGCCAAGAGGCAAAGAGUUUGCCAAGAAGCUGAGCCAAUUCAUCCAAGCCCAAGGCAUCAGUGACCUGAAGGUGUGGACCAGCCAAAUGAAGAGAACCAUCCAGACCGCCGAGGGCCUCAGUGUGCCCUACGAACAGUGGAAGGUCCUCAAUGAGAUUGAUGCUGGCGUAUGCGAGGAGAUGAUGUACGAGGAGAUCCAGGAUAACUAUCCUCUGGAGUUUGCGUUGCGGGACCAGGACAAGUACCGCUACCGCUACCCUAAAGGAGAGUCCUAUGAGGACCUGGUGCAGCGCUUGGAGCCGGUCAUCAUGGAGCUGGAGCGGCAGGAGAACGUUCUGGUCAUCUGUCACCAGGCCGUCAUGCGCUGCCUGCUUGCCUACUUCCUGGACAAAACAGCAGAGGAGCUGCCCUACCUGAAGUGCCCCCUGCACACCGUUCUGAAGCUAACCCCCGUGGCCUACGGCUGUAAGGUGGAGUCCAUCAGCCUUAAUGUGGAUGCUGUAAACACGCACCGAGAGAAACCAGAGAACGUCAACAUCCAUCGAACAACGGAAGAUGCCCUGCAGACCGUCCCUGCUCACCUCUGACACCCUGCCAGUGACUCAGUGAGACUCCCAACGUUUCCGCCUAGCGUGCACGUUGUGUUCACACGGGUGUCCGUCAGGGUGAAGUGCCUCCUGUGAUGCAUACUGACACACACCUCUUUAAUAGGCUCCAUUUAAAGCAUCUCGGCUCGGAUAGCACACAUCACCUUUUCUCCAGAAACUAGGAAGUCUGGGUAGAUGAUUGACCACAGGUGGUCCUCAACUUAUGAACAAGUUAAGUUAACUAAUGUAUGUUAAGUUGCAGAGGAAGUCGGAACUUAUACCAAAAUUAUUUCUAAUCAUGUACACAGAACACAGGGGCAUACUGCACAAGGAAGUCACAAUAGAGAGACCAUUACGCUGCUCACUUCAUAGUAAACCAUACUGAUCCUUUCACAUGUUCAAGAUGUUAUCCUUGAUGAUGGUCACAGUGUUUGAGCUGCUUAGCCUGGACUUUUCCACUGAGCUUUUAACAAUGUCUGAUUUCACUUUCCUUUUCUUUGGUACGUUGCUACCAUAAGUGGAAGACGUAAUGGAAUUGGUCUUUUCUAUGUUUUAUUGCGCCUACGUAAGUACUGUAGUUCUUUCUCUUUUUUUUGUACAAUAUAUAUUCCUGCCGCAAGGCAUGCUGGGUAGCUUAUGGUACUCUUUCUGCCACCAUUCUAGAAAUGAUUGAUCAUUAAUAAAUUCCAUACAGAAUUCAUGGGUGGGCAAACUGUGGCUUGUGGACCGACACACCAGACAUUUUCAAAUUCCUUUCCCUUAUAACCAUGCCAAAAAAAGACCCAUAUAUUCCUGCCGCAAGGCAUGCUGGGUAUCUUAUGGUACUCUUUCUCCCACCAUUCUAGAAAUGAUUGAUCAUUAAUAAAUUCCAUACAGAAUUCAUGGGUGGGCAAACUGUGGCUUGUGGACCGACCCACCGGACAUUUUCAAAUUCCUUUCCCUUUUAACCAUGCCAAAAAAAAAUAUAUUCAUGCCGCAAGGCAUGCUGGGUACCUUAUGGUACUCUUUCUCCCACCAUUCUAGAAAUGAUUCAUCAUUAAUAAAUUCCACACAGAAUUCAUGGGUGGGAAAACUGUGGCUUGUGGACCGACCCACCGGACAUUUUCAAAUUCUUUUCCCUUUUAACCAUGCCAAAAAAAACAUAUAUUCAUGCCGCAAGGCAUGCUGGGUAGCUUGUGGUACUCUUUCUCCCACCAUUUUGCUGUUUUUUUUCUCUCUCAAACUUACAACAUACUCUUGAAGGUCGUAGUUCAUGUUGUUUCAGCUGGACUACCCAGCAUACCUUGCGGGCAUUUGGAAGUAACACUUUGAAGUUACUUGCUGUGGAUGUGUUGAGUUUGCGUUUGGUCGCACCGUGAGCAAGUAUGUCCAUCCGUUUUGAGGUUCCCGCCACCAAAUUUUGUAACCGAAUGUCAAAAAAUUUGCCCACCCCUGAGUUGAUCCAUAAUUUUGAUUGUAAUGAAUGUAAUGUAAUAUGUUGACAUAUUUCCCAUUGUUGUAUUACUGUGUUCAUAAUCGUCCUUUAGUUGGUACUUUUCCACGCCUCCCGUACCUGGAAGUCAUACUUUAUGGAACGUUUAAUCUUCGUCUUCAAAUAUGAAUAUGAAAACUGCCAUUUGUUAUUCUACUGACCUCACCUGAAGCAGAUGUUCCACUGUGCGAUGAAGUCAUAGUGAUUCCCCGUUUUGAAGGAAAAAUCUGCGUAAACUUGGCGUUAAAAAUGAAGACAAAUCCUGCUUUAAAGAUGUUGCUGUGAGAUUGAAACACAAAUUCAAUAAAGACGUGUUAUUUAUAUUUUA